CUUCUGACCAGUUUCUUCAUUGCUCGCAUACCAGUACGCACUCUCACCAACAACAUCACCUCUUGGAUCAUACUUCGCUUCAGGCAUUGACUCAGUCCGCCAGUGUCUUCAGAUUUCCAGCUUGAAUUUCUCCAGCGACCCAAUAGCGAAACAGACAGUAUUAUGGCUUCUUACGCAGAAAUCGCGGCCAAGGGCCCAAAGCAGAGCGAUGAGGAGAGGAUUCCAGACGCAGUGCCAGAGAUAAUGCACGAAGAUAGCGGUGUUCACUCGCUCGAGUCUCUCAACUCUGUCAACGAUCACGUUCAGUCUCUGCCUUCCACAACUAGCUACGCCGAUCAACAGCUGGCCGAAGAACGCGCCGAGGAGGCACGAAGGGAAGCAGAGCAAAAGGCAGAUCAAGCAGCGAAGGAGGCACACGACUUCAUGCACCGGGCUGAGGCAAGCGCAAAGCAGCUCGGAAAGGACUUCAAGUCAGAAUCCAAGACAUUCAGCCAGAAGAGCGAGAAGAAGUACGAACAGGUCAAGGGCAAGGCAAAGGAGGAAUGGCAGCAGGCGAAGAAGGACGGCAAGAAGGCCGAAGACUGGGCUGAGAAGAACAAGAACAACCCAGUCGUGGUAGGCAAUGCUGUGGUUAUCGCUGCUCUUGGUGCUCUUCUUGGAACUGGCGCAUACAGAAUGCACAAAUCCAACACCCUGACAUGGAACGUCGUUGGUGCUUGGGCGGGUGCAGUCGGUCUCUUUGCAGUGGGCGAUUACUAUGUCUCGCAAUACUUCUUCAAGAAGUACCCACCAAAGAACUAAUGGGUGGUGCUUGACGGCUAAGACUGGAUACGAUGGAUGAGAGCUAAGGAGGAUAAUGUUGUCUUACUGAUACAAUGCAUCUCGACUGUACGGCGCUUGGAAUAUGCGUCGGUGAUGUAGCUGCGUAGCCGGGCGUUCUUGCGGCUCCGAAGCGGUCUUGUAUACUAUGCCACUUCUUUUUGAAUCGAAAAUGUUUCCGAUCUC